UGUCAGAAUCUCACCAGAUUACAGUUGGGUCAAAAUAAAAUCUUUGGAAGGAUCCCUUCAGAACUCGGGAGUUUGACAAAGUUGAAAGUUUUGAGCUUAGAUUCCAACGCGUUGAGUGGGGAAAUUCCAACUCAAUUAGGAAAUCUAAAAGUUUUGUACCAGCUUAAUCUCAGCAAUAAUCAUUUGACAGGAAAAAUCCCUACAAGCUUAUCAGGUUUGAGUGAGCUAGAGGUUCUUGAUUUUUCAGCAAACAAUUUAUCAGGUGAAAUACCACACUGGUUAGGUAAUUAUAAAGGAUUGGUGAGCUUAAACCUUAGUCAUAAUAUGCUAACUAGUGAGAUACCAACAGAGCUUGGAAAUUUGGUGUCUUUGCAAUAUGUAUUGGAUCUCAGUAGCAAUUUACUCAUUGGAAAGAUUUCCUCAAGCCUCUCAAGGCUUACAAAGUUGGAAAUUCUCAACAUAUCUCAUAACCACUUGUCAGGUAAUAUUCCACACACAUUUUCCAACCUAAUAAGUAUAAGUUACAUGGAUUUUUCUUUCAACAACUUGACGGGUUCAAUCCCAACUGGAGGAAUUUUCCAAAAUGCAAGAACAAAUGCUUAUUAUUAUGGAAAUGUUGGUCUAUGUGGAAACUCUACAGGACUUAAGCCAUGCAAAACUCAUACCAGCGGAAGUAAAAGUGCUCUAAUUUUAAUUAUUAGUCUCGUUUGUGGCCUAGUUUUUGUUACUACCAUUGUAAUCGUUCUCAUAUUGUGCCAUAAAUUCAAAGUGUUAGAUAAACAAAGGAAAACUUCUAACCAAAAUGACACUCGCCAAUCAUUGAUGAUAUGGGAGAAGGAAGCAAAAUUCACUUUUGGAGAAAUUGUAGAGGCAACAGAAAACUUUGAUGACAAGUAUUGCAUUGGGAAAGGAGGCUUUGGCACUGUUUACAAGGCUAUAUUGAGAUCACAUGAGUUGGUUCUUGCAGUUAAGCGGUUACACAUGUCAGACACGAGUGAUAUUCCAGAAGUUAGUCGCAUAAGUUUCGAAAAUGAGAUUCAAACUCUAACAGAAGUCCGACAUCGAAACAUCAUAAAGCUUUAUGGAUUUUGUUCAAGAAACAAUGGUUUAUACUUGGUGUAUAAGUAUGCAAACAAGGGUAGUCUUGCCAAAGUAUUAUACGAUUCAACAGAUCUUGAUUGGGAUUCAAGGGUGAAAAUAGUUCAAGGAUUGGCUCAUGCAAUCUCAUACUUACACCAUGAAUGUUCUCCACCAAUUAUUCAUCGUGACGUGUCCUUAAACAAUGUACUACUUGGCUCUGAUUUUGUUCCCAUAUUGUCAGAUUUUGGCAUUGCACGUUUGUUGAUCCCUAACUUGUCCAUUUGGACAACUGUGGCUGGAUCGUAUGGCUACAUGGCGCCAGAGCUAGCUUUAACCAUGCGUGUGACAGAGAAAUGUGAUGUCUACAGUUUUGGAGUAGUAGCUUUAGAAAUUAUGAUGGGAAAACACCCGGGAGAACUGUUGGAAUCUUUAUCAUCAGCUCGUUCGAAAACAUUAUUAUUAGAGAAUAUACUCUUGAAAGAUGUGUUAGAUCAACGGUUGUUACCUCCUAGUACUGGGCGAUUAUCAAUGGAUGUGGUGUUAAUAGUGAGCUUGGCAUUGUCAUGUACUAGAACUAGACCUGAGUUACGUCCCACCAUGCAUUUGAUUUCACAAGAAUUGUCAACAAAGAGUGCUCGGGCUUCCAUCAUCUCUGAGCCAUUCGAAACCAUUACAAUUGAGAAGCUUGAUGCACCUUUUUAUGAUUAGUAGUAGUAAGAGUAAAUAUUUAUUUAACUAAUUAAUACUAGAAUUUAUGCAUGAGAAUUACUCAUGAUGACUUAUAUGAUGUAACAUUAUGAGCCAAUACAUUUGCACAUUGCUUAGCAAAAAUAAGAGAAACAUCUCUCAACUCAGCCAGUAAUUGUUUACCAUCAUUAAAAUUACUAUCAACCCUCCACUAAAACUAUACAAAACAUUAUUUUGGUUUCAUAAUCUAACUCGUAUUCACUACAACUCAAUUU